AUGAAUAAUCCUGCAACAGAUCUACCACAAGUCUUUAUAGAUGCAUUAACAAUUCAUCCUGGCAAACACCCAGCCAUCGGCGAAAAUGCAAUACGCAAAAACACUGCGCUGAAUGUUGAGUUCAGACAUCCAUUUUUCUUUUUGCCCAGUCGACGAAACUCUGUUGAGGAUCUAAUAAAAAUGUUUAGAUUCGCAGCUGGCAUAGCUACUCAGAUUUAUAGUUUUCGUCAAGCGCAGGACGGGAAAUACUAUAUCAGUCGCCUAGAAGAAUUCGUGCAUCCUGAAGAAUUGAUUAUUCUCAUCUUCGGAUAUGUUCCAUUUAUCCGAACUAUUGUGGUUGUGUUCCAAAUCCUUUUGGGCAUGUUUAUUGCGUUUAUCGGACAAGUUUUUUACGAGUUUGGUUGGGUUUAA